AUGGGUUCCGUCUCGAUUCCCACGGAGCAAUGGGCUGCCGUCGUGGAGAAGACCGGUGGUCCCGUCGUGUACAAAAAGAUUCCCGUCCGGCUGCCGGGCCCCGAUGAGGUGCUCAUCAACAUCAAGUACUCGGGAGUCUGCCACACCGACCUCCACGCCAUGAUGGGCGAUUGGCCCAUCCCGACCAAGCUGCCCCUCGUGGGCGGUCACGAGGGCGCCGGUGUCGUCGUCGCCCGCGGUGAGCUCGUCAAGGAUGUCGAGAUUGGCGAGCACGCGGGCAUCAAGUGGCUCAACGGCUCGUGCCUCAACUGCUCCUACUGCAACCAGGCCGACGAACCGCUCUGCGCAAAGGCCCUCCUCUCGGGCUACACCGUCGACGGCUCCUUCCAGCAGUAUGCCAUCGCCAAGGCCGCCCACGUCGCCCACAUCCCCCGCGAGUGCGACCUCGAGGCCGUGGCCCCGAUCCUUUGCGCCGGCAUCACCGUCUACAAGGGCCUCAAGGAGUCGGCCGCCAAGCCGGGCCAGCACCUGGCCAUCGUCGGUGCCGGCGGCGGCCUGGGAAGCAUCGCCAUCCAGUACGCCAAGGCCAUGGGCCUCUCCGUCAUCGCCAUCGACGGCGGCAGCGAGAAGCGGGACAUGUGCCUGAAGCUCGGCGCCACGAGCUACGUCGACUUUCAGACCUCCAAAGAUCUCGUCGCCGACGUCAGGGCCUGCACCCACGACGGCCUCGGGCCCCACGCCGCCAUCGUCGUCGCCGUGCAGGAGAAGCCUUUCCAGCAAGCGACCCAGUACGUCCGAGCCCGCGGCACCGUCGUCUGCAUGGGUCUGCCGGCCCACGCCAAGAUCAGCGCCCCCGUCUUCGACACCGUCCUGCGCAUGAUCAACAUCAAGGGCAGCUACGUCGGCAACCGCGCCGACACGGCCGAGGCCCUCGAGUUCUACCGCCGAGGUCUCAUCAAGGCCCCCUUCAAGACGGUCGGCCUGAGCGAGCUCAACGAAGUCUACAAGCUCAUGAUGGACGGCAAGAUUGCCGGCCGAUAUGUCGUCGACACGAGCAAAUAA